AUGGAUGAUGACGAGGACGAUUCCAAUCGCGCCCUCGAUCGCGUCGUCGUCGCCCUCGCGUGCGACGACGCGGUCGCGGCGACGAUUGCGGCGGCGCUCGUGCGGGCGACCGCGCGCGCGCGGGCGUCGACGGUGAACGCGCGCGCGGUGACGAUUCUCGCGCUCGGGACGACGAGGACGACGCGCGAGGACGUCGAACGCGCGGGUGGGGCGCUGCGGGCGAGCGACGUCGGCGCGCCGCUCGCGCGGGCGAUCGCGCGGGCGGUGCGCUCGAGCGGGGCGAAAGGGGUGGACGCGCGCGAGGUGGAUGGGGCGAUGGACGCGGAGACGUUGACGGGCGCGCGGGCGACGACGGCGGUGGAUUGCGGCGGCGGACGCGUGAGCGAGCGGUGCGGCGUCGCGGUGGCGUGCGAACGGGCGAGAGAGAUGGGAGGGAGACGGGUGACGCACGUGUGGGCGAGCGCGAGCGCGGUGACGGGGACGGUGUUCGAGGACGGCGGACGGCGGGCGCGAGGCGAGCGCGGGUUGUACGACGCGGCGCGGCCGACGACGGCGGCGAGCAUGGUGGAACGAGCGACGACGGUGCGGGCGGAGAGAAAGUGCGCUUUGCAUUAUGAAUUUUUGCUCUCGCAUCCGGAGACGGCGCCGUUGUUGGGGGGGAAGAAGGUGGGCGGGACGACGGCGCGCGCGGCGCCGGCUUCGGCGUCCAUGUGCGCCAUCGUGGGCGCCAUCGCCGCGGCGAAGGUGUUGCGCGCGCUCGAAGACGAAAACGGUGAAGUCAUGAGUGACGACGCGCCGAUGGAGGCGGUGAUGAAGCAGUGGACCCACGUCGAUGCGAUGGAAUUGUACCGUCCGGAUCGAGCGGACGCGCACGCCGAGCCGUCGUCGAUGGACGGGUACGAGACCGUGCCGAGCGGCGGCGACGGCGACGAAACGAUGGAGGACGCGGAAGAUGUGUGCCGAGGAUUCGAGGAACAGGCUAAGCUGUACGGGUACGACGCGAUGAAAAAGUUGCGCGAGAUGCUCGUGCUGGUGUGCGGAAGGGAUUCGCAAGCGAACGACGCGUGCGCCACGGCGUUGGGAUCGAUCGGUGUCGGGACGGUCGAUAUUUUCGGUGCGAGUGGAUCGGGUACGUUCCUUCGACAAGAGUGCGAUGUGGACGAUCUGUGCGAUCUGGAUGACUUGGAGGCGUACAAAUAUCACGUCAUCAUCCGAACCAGCUCGUGUCCCGAGGCGAACGAGUUAGUUCUCUCGGCGCACGAAGUGAGAACGCCCGUGAUUGAAGUCGAGAGCCCUCGCGUCGGUGAAUCUAUCGUGCACGUCACGGUCGGGUCGGGUUCAGGAUACAAGCGCGGGCCGUUCGUCGGGUGGAUGGAGACGACGACGGCGUUGGUCGCCGCGCACGUCGCGGCGAUGGAAGUCGUGCGCGUGGCGCAGGAUCGACCGCGGAACGCGACGAUCGUGUGCGACGACGAGGGAAUUUUCACGCAAUGUACGCAGUAG